AUGGCUUCCGGAGAUACGGCUGCCAUCGAUACGAUCGACGUCGAGUCGGCCCUAUCUACGAAAAACUCCGAAUUUACCAGCAGCAGCAAGGAUCAGCAACUGGAACUAGAUGAAUAUGGAAAAUUCAUCAAAGAUACACCGGGAAAAUUCAUCAUGGCAGACGGGAUGUCGGGUGAACAGUCUUUGGCCCCGCGGCCUCAUCGGCCAAAGUCGGACAAGGAGCGCAAAAUCGGCCAUCGGAGAGUUGGUGAGGGUGGCGAAAUUACGUACAAGAAAAUCCAAACCACCACAAUUAUGGGCUCGAUUCAGCUCGGUAUACAACAUACGGUUGGCAGCCUCGCAUCGAAACCACGGCGUGAUCUGCUGAUGAUGGACUUCUGGGAGCUGGAAACGAUAUCCUUUCCACCGGAAGGCUCCAGUAUGACACCCGCGCACCACUACAGCGAGUUUAAGUUUAAAAUCUACGCUCCGAUUGCGUUUCGGUACUUUCGCGACCUGUUCGGCAUUCAGCCGGACGAUUUUAUGAUGUCUAUGUGUUCAGCCCCGUUGCGGGAACUGUCGAAUCCGGGUGCUUCUGGUUCGAUCUUCUAUUUAACGGAUGACGAUGAGUUUAUCAUUAAAACUGUGCAACACAAAGAGGGAGAAUUUUUGCAAAAAUUGUUACCAGGGUACUAUAUGAAUCUAAAUCAAAAUCCCCGCACGCUUUUACCGAAGUUUUUCGGUCUGUACUGCUACCAGUGCAAUAGUAAAAACGUUCGAUUAGUUGCUAUGAACAAUUUGCUUCCCUCUUACGUGAAGAUGCACCUCAAAUACGAUCUCAAGGGUUCUACGUACAAACGAAAGGCCAACAAAGCGGAGCGAUCGAAAUCGUCACCCACGUACAAGGAUCUAGACUUUAUGGAGCAUCACCCAAACGGACUGUUUCUUGAGGCGGAAACUUACAGUGCGCUGAUCAAAACGAUCCAGCGAGAUUGUCGGGUGCUAGAGUCUUUUAAAAUUAUGGAUUACUCGCUGCUCGUCGGCAUCCACAAUCUAGAUCUAGCGGUAAAGGAGAAACAGGAAGCGGCGGCUAAGGCACGAUCUGAAGGUGAAUCGGACUACGAAGACGCACCAGAAGCGGACCAGUACAUGGUACAGGAGCGGGAGGAACAGCGAACGACAGCCCUAAACAGGAGCAGGCACACAACCUACGGAAAGAUGCUAAUUAGGUCUAUCAACCGGCAAAGGCUUGUUGCGCAUUCGACAGCAAUGGAAAGUAUUCAAGCUGAAAGCGAACCUAUCGAUGAAGAGGAUGAUGUCCCUCCCGGAGGAAUCCCUGCACGCAGUGAAAAAGGCGAACGACUAUUACUUUUCAUCGGUAUCAUCGAUAUUUUGCAGUCGUAUAGGUUAAGGAAAAAGCUUGAGCACACGUGGAAAAGUAUUAUUCACGAUGGUGAUACCGUGUCGGUGCAUCGGCCUUCCUUCUAUGCGCAACGCUUUCAGGAAUUCAUGGCCAAAACUGUAUUUAAGAAAAUUCCCUCGCUGGAUCUGCCCGAGAUCAAGGGCAAUCAUAGAAAAUUUCGCACGUUGGUCACCAGCUACAUAGCGCUAAAACAUUCACCAUCCAAGAGAAAAAGUUUAUCGAAAGCCGCACAGAGAGCAAAAAAUGAAGAAACAGAUAGUCAACCCGUAGCCGGAAGCUCCCAUCAGCAUCAUCACCAAAAUCAGCAGUUCAACCCCACACAAACGCAUUUCAAUCAACAGACUACGGGGACUCCCAAAUCAGAUGUAGAUACUUCCUCGAGUGUGCAUACCGCGACAACUAUCACGACCACGUCCAGUAGCAGUGCCGGUGCGGGCGGUGUUGGCGGCAAUGGUAAAACGGUUGGCGGUGGUGGUCUUGCUACCGGCUCGAACAGAGCACCGGGCGGUGGAAGUGCAUCCGUCACACCGACUAAUAUGCCACCGCUCAAAAAGAAAACGACUGUUGUAAAGCAAAGCGUUCCGCCACCGGUUCCACCACGCGGUUCGCCCAAAUUCCACAAGACGAGCGGUGCAGGGUCGGGCCGGCCCGGUGGUACAUCCGGUUCGCUACCCAGUCAGUCCAGUGGCCACCGGGGACGGUCUAGUGCAGGUAAGAGGCAACGCUCGUCUCCACGUGGUGGUGGUGGCAGUCGAGGCCCAAUCUCAGGAGCAUCCGAGCGGAACAAGGAUACCAAGGAUGGUUCAACUCAGCCCCGUUCGGUUCGAUCGACGGCACUCGAUCCGCUGCAGGAGCAAGAAGCAGGAGAGUUACAGCUGCUACCAUCGCCUAACAAAGUGCUCAGUUGGCUGAGCAGCAAUGAUUUCCGCGUGUCGGAAAACGGGGACAUUCUGUCGGAUGAACUUGCAAAUGAAGUACAAACAUCGGACAAUACGCAGCAUGUUGACGAUCAGGAAGUUUCUGUCCCACCAUUGGUGCCCAAGGUUAUUGCUGUUAAGCGAAAGCAACCGGCGGCCAGUUCAAUAGCACCAUCUAAUGUGAAGGACGCGACGAAAGCUUUCGAACGGCUGUCGAUUCGAAGCGGUUCCUCGGUGCAACAAAUGAUCAGAAACUUUGAACGAACAGCGGCAACGACAGUUGUAAGGUCGGAAUCUAUGUACUCCAGAGUUCCUAGUCACUGCACAUCCAAAGAACCUGUAGUUGGCUUUCCAUUGGUGCGUCGUACUACAAGAACGCUGCCAUUAACAAUACCAAUAAUCAAAGAGACGCUUCUUGAAGAUGAAAAUAACAAUAAUCGAUUGGUUACAGUACAAGAUCAUAACUGUUCGGCAUUUGUAUCUAUGGCCGAACGAUUGGAACAGGACAACGAUCUUACCGCACACGAAAAUGACCAGUUAGUGUUAGCAAACUUAAAAAAUGUAGUGAAAGCACGGCGAGAAAUUUUUAAUACCUCGCCCGAAUCAACGUUGGAAAGAAAACCACGAACAAUCAAGCGAAUGCAUCAACCAAAUGGUGACAUUAUGCACAGAACCGACCCCGUUGCUAAAUAUAAAACACAAAAACUACAUGAAUCCGGUGCAUCAAAAGUAAACCUAACAAGCUCGAUUACGCAAGAAAAACGUCAUCCUGCAACAUCCCGCAUAGAGCAGGAUGAAAUUCAUAGAAAGAUUCAAGAAAUCGAAGCUGAAAUACGUCAAAACGAGGAGCGCCUUAACCGAAUACCGUCUAUUAGAUUCACCCGCCAGGAGAGCGUGAACGUAGCAAGCAAACCAACACUAACGACUGAACGUACAGUUGGUCCUUGCCGUAAUGAAAGCUUCCUUUCACGUUUAAAACCUAAAACGCACCACCUUACUUUAGUCAACGGGUUGGUGGAUGGUAUCGGAAACUACGACAUGGAAGCUACGACUAACAAUCACGUUCGGUUUCUGCGACAGGAGGAAAAAGUGUCCAUUAUUCGACGGAUCGGAUUACCCUUGGACGAAAACCACAACCUGGAAAGCUAUCUAGAGCAGUUCAGUCUGGAAGGAGAGUUCGUUUAA